CCACGUCGCUUCUCUUCUACGACUUCUACCGUCUCUGCGUGGUCAGACUGGGCCACGCGUGCAGGGAGUUCCGUACGAUCCGCUGUUGGCUGAGGUGCAAUGGUGGCACUUUUUACGCUCGCACUUGUGCUCGUUCAGGCAUUGUGCACUGGGCAGGUCGUUGCAACGCUACAGCGGCGUUCAAACAACCCCGCGGAUGACCCCAAAAGGACACCCAGUCCUCCCAUUUUGAAGCCGAACCAUAUAACUCAGUGGGAGGCUCUUGAGGAUCAGACCGUGACCUGGGACGCAAGUGGUCUGAAUGUGACGGGGUUGAAAGGGACGAUUCUCUUAGGCUUCGUACGCCCAGAUACAACUAGGUUCGUGUAUCAAGAGCCCCUUGCGCAGAAUUUCGCAUUAGCGGACGAGGCGGUCAACAUCAUCCUCCCGGAUCUGCCCACGAACAAUCGUUACUUCUUGAUACUGCUCGGUGAUAUGAACAACACCAGCCCGUUGUUCGGCAUCGCGGGCACGGAUCAGAACGACCCCACCAACAGCAGCCCUUCGACGACGCUUCCGCCGCAGACGAUCACGACACAAUCGGCGACGAUCACACGUACGCAGGUUGUCUCGACAGUAGGCGGUGCUGCCUCCACUACGACUACGGCCUCCACCACGUCGACUUCUUCGAGCCCUGGGAGCUCAUCUGGAGGGGCACAGCCUUCUGGUUCCAGCUCGGGGCACAAUGGCUGUGCUGGGAUGGUCAAGUCGGUUCGGGGAUAUCUGGUUGGGGUUCUUCUGGCGUCCUCGUUGCUGUUGUGAGGGCGGUCAACGGCUUGCCGGGCGAGCUUAGGCCAUAUCAGCCAUAUGAUCACAUAUUUCAGAGCUUCAUUCCUUCCGUUCCACGAUCGGCGCGCAGGGGGGCGCGGUAGGAGACUGGCCUUCAACGGAAGGGAGUCUUGGGUGAUCCCGGUGUUGGGAAAACCCUGAAGCAGACCGUGCUCGGUGCGUCCGCAUAAUCCCGUUUCGUGAUUCCCCUGCAAGUAUAUCCACGUGAAAC